ACCGGUACCGAAGCAGCUGCCUCUAUUCUUGUUCUUGGAGUAUCUACCUAGUAUGUUAAGUCUUCUUCAGUCAUCGACUGUCGGUGCUGGCAGACUUCUAUUCCAAGCUCGGACGACGAGUGGGCUCCACAGCUCGGUGAAGUGGGGCCGCUUCCCGGAAUCUCAAAAUUCUCCAAUCGCUCUCAGUAAAUUUUCUGCGCUCCGCCGCAAAACGAAGACCCAAACACCGGAGCGGACGAGUCCGUUUUCGAAACCGCAGUCUUGAUCGAGAAGGUAUCAGCCAUGGACAUCCUCAAGAUCCUCACCCGCGGCAUCAAGCAGGCCCCGGUCAAGGCGGGCGAAAAGCCUGCAUCGACGAACCUCCCCUCCGCUGGCAACCGCACGAAUCCGCAAUUCUUCCACGACGACGUCGGCCCGAGGAGAGGGACGAAGAGGAAGAGGAACAAGGACGCGCCGGAAGCUGCCGAUGCAGUGGACGACAGCGAAUUGGACUAUUUCGCUCCAAAGAAGGAGCCCCAGGCCGGCGGUGGGGAGAACCUCGCGGCUGGGCAGAAGGAGCAGACGACACCCGAGCCCUCGAAGCGGAAGAUCAAACUACUGGACGAAGACGACUGUCGGCAGCUGCUGCGGUCUCACCGGUUGAAACUCACCGUGCUCUCGGGCCGCGCGGAGAAGCCGGCGAAGGUCGGCAAGAAGAGGAAGAAGGACAAGCCCGUCAAGGCCGAGGGCAAGGAUGACAAGAAACAACUACAACUGUAUCCGCAGCCGUUGAGUUCGUUUUCGGAACUGCAACAGGUGUAUGGCAUCUCUCCGCAGGUGGUUGAGAAUCUCACGAAGCAGGGCUUCAGGGUUCCGACCGAGGUUCAAAUGGGGAGCUUGCCUCUACUACUGCGUUCCGAGACAGCGCUGGGGAAGUCUACCGAGGCGGACGGGAUUGAUGCCAGCGCGGGGGUUGAUUUCAUGGCCGUGGCUCCCACUGGGAGCGGGAAGACUGUGACUUUCCUGAUUCCUGCCAUCACGGGCGCCAUCCGGAGAAAGGGGCUGCAGGGCUCUGACGUCGAGGACCGUCAGCUCAGUGCUAUUGUCGUUGCGCCAACCAGAGAGCUGGCGAGCCAGAUCGUCAACGAGGGGAGGAAACUCGCCGCCGGUACUGGUGUCCGGAUCUAUCCCAUGAGAAAGGGUCUGCAUAUCACUGCAGAGCAACUGAAAGACGAGCAGGAGGGUGAGGCGAGCGACAAGGGUGAAUCCGAUGGUGAAGCGUCUCAGGCGGGCUCGGAGGACGAAUCCGACCACCACCAGGAGGGCAAGGAUGGUGCUCGUACGGCGCCGAAGCGGAUGGUGAUUCCAGACAUACUCGUGACGACCCCGAAAUCCCUUCUCAACCUCCUCUCUGGCGGGAAAUCAGGGGCGAACAAGGCUCUUCCAAGCGUCACAUCCCUCAUACUCGACGAGGCCGACGUCCUUCUAGACCCGCUUUUCCAGAAACAGACGCUGGCGAUCUGGAAAGCCUGCACGAACCCGGACCUCCAACUGACCUUCUGGUCCGCGACCAUGGCCUCGAACAUCGAGACUCUGAUAACAAAGCAGGUCAACAAGAGGGCAGCGCAGCUGAGUCUCCCCGCGCGGCCACUGGUGCGCCUUGUCGUCGGGCUGAAGGACACCGCGGUCCCCAACGUGACCCACAAGCUCAUCUACACCGCCACCGAGCCAGGCAAGCUCCUCGCGCUCCGGCAGCUCCUCCACCCGGUCUCGGGCGCGGACUCGGGCCCGCCGCUCCGGCCGCCCUUCCUCGUCUUCACGCAGACCAUCGAGCGCGCCCAGGCCCUCCACGACGAGCUCCGCUACGACAUCCCGCCCGAGGCCGGCGGCGCCGCCCGCAUCGCCGUCCUGCACUCGGGCCUGUCCGAGCGCGCCCGCGCCGCCGUCAUGGCCCGCUUCCGCGCCGGCGACGCGUGGGUGCUCAUCACCACCGAUGUGCUAGCGCGGGGCGUCGACCUCGCCGGCGUCAACGGCGUCGUCAGCUACGACGUGCCCGCCUCGGCUGCGGCGUACGUGCACCGCGCGGGGCGGACGGGCCGCGCCGGCCGCGAGGGGGGCGUCGCCGUCACGUUCUACACCGCCGAUGACGUGCCCUUUGUCAGGAGCGUGGCCAACGUCAUCGCCGCGAGCGAGAGGCAGGCCGGCGGCGCGGCCGGGUCGGGCGGGGGCGUGCAGAAGUGGCUGCUCGAUGCGCUGCCCAAGGUCGCCAAGGGGGACAAGAGGCGCCUCAAGGUCAGGGGCGUGGAGGUCCGGAGGACGGGGGGCGGCAAGGCCGAGAUCUCGACCAAGAGCGCGUGGGAGAAGCGGAGGGAGAAUAACAAGCGGGGGGCGAUCGAGGGUAGCAAGCGGAGGAAGAAGCUGGAGCUCCAGCAGAAGAGUGGUGGCCAGGAGCAGGCAGGGAGCGACAGUGAAUGGGGUGGGCUUGAUGAUUGAGGUUGAGGCUAUUCAUUCGUGGAGGAUGUUGUCUUUACCUAGAUACCAAAAGAUAAUACCCACAACUGAAGCUGAUUGAUGUAGCUACACUCGUGCAGGGCAUACAUACUGUUGAACCCUGUGUUUUUGCCUCUUACUCGCACUCUUUUUUUCGAUUUUCCUUGUUGCAACUUGUCUGUGCAGUGCCAAUGAUGAACUAGGUAUCCCAUCCCAUUCAUUCUCGAGGAUUCAUUCCCCUAGGAAGAUCAGACGAUGAAAACU